UUAAAAUUAGCGUUUAACUGUCCGUUAUUUAAAAAUAAAUAAAUAAGAGUAGACAUAAAAUAGACAUUAUUAUAAGAAUAUUUGAAUAUUCUAAAAUAAUGAACAUAAAACUAUGAAAUAUACCUAUAGGGUAGGGUAGGUAAUAAAACAACUAUAGAAAACUAAAAAUGUUCGUUCGGCGAUCAAUCAUCCUGGGCCCUAGCUGGCGACCAAUUUGUAUUCGCAAUCAAUUCACCGGCUACCAAUUGUUCGCGAUAAAUUCACCGGAUACCGUUACACUGUAUAUAUUCAUUAUAUUUCUAAGCUAGUUCUGUCUUGGCUGAAUCCGGAUUUAAGGCAACUUUAGAACUAACACACUUUUAGAAAUUGUGAGUGACGAAAGACAUUUUAAAAACAUUCGUUGAUCAUCAUUCACCAUAAAUAGCUAAAUGUAACGUAUGCAAAAAUAACUUUACGAUUGUCACAAUUAAGUCACAACUCCCAAAUCAUUAAAUAUAAUUCGUUAGAAAAAUAAAAUCCUAUUUGACAAACGGUGCAGCACGUUUGGACGUUUUUACCUAUUCAGUGUUCGAUAUUCAAAAUGUAUACAAUGUGUUGGCAGUUUGGCACUCGAUAUCACUAAAAAGUAAAAUAUAUUACGUUUGGUACUCGUUUGCCGUUUGAACUCAAUUUAUGUUCAAUGGUAAAGCCACAAGCCACGCGUAUAAAAAUAAAACGUUUCUCUAUGAAAUAAUAGAUAUUAUACAUCGAAAUCUCUUUUACAUUUUCACAUUUCCUCAGGCUCAAUCAUGAAUCAUCAAGAUCAAAUACACACGUACUACAAUAAUAUUCCACAAUAGAUACUUUAACACCACCAUUGACUUACUUUCCUAAAUUUGAGGUUUAUCGAAAUUCGAAACCCUCCCAAUUCCAAAUCAAAAUAAUUAAAAAAUGUCAACAUCUAAAGUUCUUCACAUAAAACGAAAAAUUGACUGGCAAGGUAACUUUCUCACCCAUAUAGUAACAUUGCGUUGGUCCCCCGAGGUAGUGAACUAACAUCCGACUUUUUCAAAAUCAAUACAGUAAUUACUCUUCAAUAAUAAACUUCCGACACACUAUUAACCACCUUUUCCGAUGACACAGCCAUAUAAAUAUAUGAUAUAAUCCAGUAUCCACACGCAAUGUUUUAUUUAUUUUAACACCCCUAAAGACUAUAUGUAUAAUAUUUCAAAUCUGUAUAACACUUCGUUCAAAUCUUAAAAUCAUCUCCAAUUAAGAUAAAUCAUCAUACUACGUAUUAAUUCCACAAAAAUUGUAUUGAUUAGUAGUCUAAUGUUCAUAAGUCUCAUGAGUCACGAGUGAUUAGUCCACAACACCGUAUAUACAAUCAGAUUUACUAGAAAAAGACGUCUUUACAGCUCCGUUUUUAAGUUAAUUUUUUUAAUUUAUGUUAAUAAGACUUAGCCACUUAGGUACCUAGGUAUAAAUAAAUUGGUCCCUAGAGAUAAAUAUGUUGUCGCAUGACACUCAAAAUGAUCGCACAAAAGCAAAAAUCCACUUUACUAACGCUGUACAACAAUUAUAGUAGGCCAGGGGUGGCCACAACGAGGCUCGCGAGCCACAUGCGGCUCUUAAAUCAGUUUCGUGCGGCUCUUGAACUAAAUUUAGACUAAACUUAAUUAAUAUAAAAUUUCGUUAGAAACGUUAGAUAGCAUUUUUAUUGCCGUCGAUUUCGUUAUAAUUAUACAGUCGUUAUUACGACCGCGUCAGACGACGACGAUAAUUUCCGGCGACAAUUUCCGUUAUCGCGUUGCUGAAGAAUAUACGAAUAAGAUGUCAGGCCUUGCUGAAGAAAUCAAUCGCAGAUUUAAUAAUUUAAGAUCACUUAAACCUUCUUUUUCAUUCCUGGAAAAUCCUUUUGCUGUUGAUGUUGUGAGCGAUGGCUGUCCUAUUUCAUCACCAAUAACAAAGGAUACAGGAGCUGUAGAGUUGGAGUUACUAGAACUGCAAGAAGACGAAGGACUAAAAGGACUUAAACGAAGUGGCGUUUCAACCAUAGAAUUUUGGAAAAAUGUCCCAGAAGAAAAAUACCCACAAACAAAAAUGUGUGCUAUGAAACUUAUUUCAAUCUUUGGCACUACUUAUGUGUGUGAAUCAUUGUACUCAACGUUAAAAUUCGUUAAAUCUAAAUAUCGAUCUGAACUAACUGAUGAACAUUUAAGUGAACUUGUGCGAACUGCGCUUACAAAUUAUCAGCCCGAUUUCACAAAGCUCACAGAAAAAAUGAACACUCGAAAAAGCACUUCUCAUAAAUAA